AUGGAAUUGACAUCGAUUACUCCUGCUGCUGCUGAGAACAUGAAUGGUGAGAAGAAGCUUGUUCUUCACGGCAACCUCUUCUUCGUCCAGCUCAACGUUGCAAAGGAAUUGAACCAGAUCGCUAAGGUAGAUGACGAGGGCGAGAAGAAGAUCGUAACUCCUGCUGCUGAGAACGUGAAUGGUGAAGAGGAGAAGAACGUUUCCAACCUCUUCUUCGUCCUGCUCAAUGUUGCAAAGAAUUACAUUGACCUUGAGUUCUUCGAAUUGCAGGAAUUGAACCAGUUACUCUACCUCAACCUCGCAAAGCAGUACAUAAAGCAGAGCAAUGACGUUGAGCUCUCCGCAUUGGGCCUGGAGGUGGCACUUGAUCACGGUGGCAGUGAUCAAGGACCUAAGACUGGAGGUGUCACAGCCACUGAUGGCGGCAACAGGGAUGGUAAGAAGGGCAAUAGGGAUGGUAAGAAGGAGGCUGGUCGGGAUCGUAAGAGGAAGGGGAGGGAUGACAGUAAGGGCGAGGGAGGCAAGGGAGGUGCUGGUAAGGAUGGUGACGAUGGUGAUCGUGAGGGGGUGUCAAUUUCUAACAAAUAUGCUUUAUCAGGAACAAUGACUGGUUAG